UCGCGGCCGCAGCUAUGGAAGAUAUCCUGGACCUGGACGAGGAGUGGCGCCUCGCCCCGGCCACCUCCGGAGCCAGGAUGGGUCGCCGUGCUCAGCAGGAGUCAACUCAAGCCGAGAAUUAUUUUGGGAGUAAGAAUUCCUCAUUGACUCUGACUGGAGAGGCUCCACCUCCAAAACCACCUCGCAGGCAUGGGGGCUGGGCAGAUGAAACCAUGAAGGUGUUCAAACUGGGAAGGAAGACUGCUGAAGAGACGGAAGAAAACCGCCUCAAACAGAAGAACAUGAGCAAAUGGGAUGAUGGAGGAGAAAUACCUGUGAUUCCGGACCUGGAAGACGUGCAGGAAGAAGACUUUGUGUUGCAGGUGGCAGCCCCGCCCAGCGUCCAGGUGAACCGGGUGAUGACCUACCGUGACCUGGACAACGACCUCAUGAAGUAUUCGGCCUUUCAGACCUUGGAUGGCGAGAUCGACUUGAAACUUCUCACCAAAGUCCUUGCGCCGGAGCACGAAGUGCGGGAGGAUGAUGUAGGCUGGGACUGGGACCAUCUGUACACCGAGGUGUCCUCCGAGCUGCUCACCGAGUGGGACCUGCAGCAGGCGGAGAAGGAGGAGUCGGCGGGCCUGCCCAGGCACACCUGACCCGGGGUCUCUUCCUACACUUGAACAGAUGCAAUAAGCCUAAGCCAGGGGAACUUACAAGCCGCUUGGAAUUUUAUACAGAAUAUUUUGUAAUAAAAUAUUUAUUUUUAGUAGACCACAUUGGAACAUUCAAAUUCAAUAAAUAGCUUUAUUCUGUGA